AUGUCAAUUAUCAUUUUAUCAAGCGUUAGGAAACAGCCCGACAGGGUCCUGAGCUCCGUGCGCACGGGAUGGACUGACUUCCACCAUCUCACCUGGGCGCGAAGGGUGGCAAAGUGCCUGUCGCGCCUGAGGCCUGUCCCCGGCCCGCGAUUCCCGCCCUCGGUGUCGCAGGGACCUUCAGCGCGGGCCCGCUCGAGUGGGCGUAGCAGAUCACAGACACUGAGGCCUGCGUGGUGGGGGAGGGGAGAGGAACGAGAGAAGAAAGGGAAAGGCCAUUCUUUCAGUGACGCGCGGUCACGAGGCGUUCUCCCGACGUGGGCCAUCGCCAUUGGCCGAGCCCAAGGUGACGUAACAGCAGCCGCCCCGGCGCGAACGGUGGCAAAGGCAGCGCCGCAUUGGAAGUUGGAGAGGCGCGCGCGCUCCCCGGUCCGCCGAGCCUCCGCCCUCGGUCUUCCACCCACCAAUCCAUUCGUCCAUUUCCCCAGCCGCCCCGGCGCGAACGGUGGCAAAGGCAGCGCCGCAUUGGAAGUUGGAGAGGCGCGCGCGCUCCCCGGUCCGCCGAGCCUCCGCCCUCGGUCUUCCACCCACCAAUCCAUUCGUCCAUUUCCCGGCCAUGAUCCAAAGGAACCAGAGCAGUUGAGGAAGCUGUUUAUUGGUGGUCUGAGCUUUGAAACUACAGAUGAUAGUUUAAGAGAACAUUUUGAGAAAUGGGGCACACUCACAGAUUGUGUGGUCAUGAGAGAUCCCCAAACAAAACGCUCCAGGGGCUUUGGUUUUGUGACUUACUCUUGUGUUGAAGAGGUGGAUGCAGCAAUGUGUGCCCGACCACACAAAGUUGAUGGGCGUGUAGUGGAACCAAAGAGAGCUGUUUCCAGAGAGGAUUCAGUAAAGCCUGGUGCCCAUCUAACAGUGAAGAAAAUCUUUGUUGGUGGUAUUAAGGAAGAUACAGAAGAAUAUAAUUUGAGAGACUACUUUGAAAAGUAUGGCAAGAUUGAAACCAUAGAAGUUAUGGAAGACAGACAGAGUGGGAAAAAGAGAGGAUUUGCUUUUGUAACUUUUGAUGAUCACGAUACAGUUGAUAAAAUUGUUGUUCAGAAAUAUCACACUAUAAAUGGGCAUAAUUGUGAAGUGAAAAAGGCCCUUUCUAAACAAGAGAUGCAGUCUGCUGGAUCACAAAGAGGUCGUGGAGGUGGAUCUGGCAAUUUCAUGGGUCGUGGAGGAAACUUUGGAGGUGGUGGAGGGAAUUUUGGCCGUGGUGGGAACUUCGGUGGAAGAGGAGGCUAUGGUGGUGGAGGUGGUGGUAGCAGAGGUAGUUAUGGAGGAGGUGAUGGUGGAUAUAACGGAUUUGGAGGUGAUGGUGGGAACUAUGGCGGUGGUCCUGGUUACAGUAGUAGAGGAGGCUAUGGUGGUGGUGGGCCAGGAUAUGGAAACCAAGGUGGUGGAUAUGGUGGUGGAGGAGGAUAUGAUGGUUACAAUGAAGGAGGAAAUUUUGGUGGUGGUAACUAUGGUGGUGGUGGAAACUAUAAUGACUUUGGAAAUUAUAGUGGUCAACAGCAAUCAAAUUAUGGACCCAUGAAGGGGGGCAGUUUUGGUGGAAGAAGCUCUGGUAGUCCCUAUGGUGGUGGUUAUGGAUCUGGUGGUGGAAGUGGUGGAUAUGGUAGCAGAAGGUUUUAAAAAAAAACAACAAAAAAGGGCUACAGUUCUUAGCAGGAGAGAGAGCGAGGAGUUGUCAGGAAAGCUGCAGGUUACUUUGAGACAGUCGUCCCAAAUGCAUUAGCGGAACUGUAAAAAUCUGCCACAGAAGGAACGAUGAUCCAUAGUCAGAAAAGUUACUGCAGCUUAAACAGGAAACCCUUCUGGUUCAGGACUGUCAUAGCCACAGUUUGCAAAAAGUGCAGCUAUUGAUUAAUGCAAUGUAGUGUCAAUUAGAUGUACAUUCCUGAGGUCUUUUAUCUGUUGUAGCUUUGUCUUUUUCUUUUUCUUUUCAUUACAUCAGGUAUAUUGCCCUGUAAAUUGUGGUAGUGGUACCAGGAAUAAAAAAUUAAGGAAUUUUUAACUUUUCAAUAUUUGUGUAGUUCAGUUUUUCUACACUUUAGUACAGAAACUUUAACAAAAUGCAGUUUUGAAGGUGUUUCCUUGUGAGUUAACGAGUAAAGAAGAUCAUUGUUAAUUACUAUUUUGUAUGAAUUUUGCUAAAGUUAACUGUAAAGAAACACCUACUCACUUGCAGAUUAAGGGGAAUAAAUCUAUUCUCCCCAUUUCAUACCAUGAUACAAAUGGGCACUGACAUGUGGAGAGAAUAGAUAAUUUGUAUGUUUGCGAUGUGUGUUUUAGAUAAAAUAGGAUUGGGUAUUUAAAUUAGCAUAUUUGUGAAUUUAAUAGCAUUAAGGUUACUUUCAAAUGAAAAAUCUCAAAAUUCUUACUGGUUUUUGUGCAUUUUCUUUCAAUAUGUAAUCAUGAUUUUAGUGUGUUAGAUUUGCCAAGUCCUAGCUGUGUUUAAAACAUCUCCAUUCUGCAUUUACUUUGGUCACAUUUAAACUGCUGCCAUAGUUUUUGGGUGUAAAAAAAAAAAAUGUCUGCUGCCCUCUAUUUAAAUUCUGGGAAAGGGUAGUGGAUGUUUUCCCUCUCCCACAUGGAAAACCAUUAAUUUUUUUGAGAUACAGGACCACUAAUUCUGUGUCUGAGCAGAUUCAGAUUAGUGGAUACUUGGUUUUCUUUUAAAGCACACAAGAGGCCCAGUUUUUAAAUCUUGAGUUACUUUCCUUGUUUUGUUUUUCUUUCCCCAAUACAAGCUUUCAGAGCAAGAGAAUAAAUAAAAACCAUGCAUUGUUGAACCCCUAACUGGCUGGCAUGCUUUCUCCUGUUGUUACCCUAUAGGUUUUGCUGAAUGAAACCAAGGAUAGUUUAGAUACAAUUUUUCAAAUCAAUGCAGCAGAAAUGUAGCACAGUUGCUUAGUACAAGCAUCUCACUUCCCAAAGACCAGAAUUCAAAUUUGGAUAAUCUUCAAGUUCUUAAAUUCCCAAAGAACACAUUGUGUUACUCCUUGUGUAUAUUUUAACCUAAACCAUGUUGGUGCGAGUUGUCAAUUUGUUUGGAAGACCCUGGUUGAGAAGAGUUUUAGAUUUAAAGGUCAUAUAUAUGAAUCACUGUCUACUGUUUUGCGCCAGCUAGUGCUUACAGUUUCUUUCAUUCACGCCCUAAAUAUGUGCCCUGCUGUUACUCUUUUCUUUGGCAGUUGAACAUUGAAUUCAAGAUUUUUAUUUGGUUUUAAAAGUACUAAGCAAAACAAGCAAUAAAAAGGGGAAUGGGGUGUGCUAGUGUUUGAAUAUGCUCUCUUGUUGCUCUAAUUCUGUGCCUCUGUGCAUUAUUAAUACUUGGAUGCAUGCAAUGCCAGCAUGGAAAUCGGUCUUCAUAGAUUCUGCAGUUUUCCAGAAAACACUCACAAACCAAUAAAUGUAACAGACAACAUUCCAUUUGUUAAUGGGCAUAUGUGAAUAAGCAGUGUAGAAAA